ACCUUUAUAACAAACUGCUUACCCUUACCUUUGACAGCCGUAGGAGCAGGAGAAAAGUUCAGCUAACCUCUUAGUUUGGGUCUCAUAGCUCACCAAAGUAAAGCGGGUAGCUGUUUUCUUGCUGAACGUGGCGACGCCAAAGGCAAGCACGUAUAUGAGAAGACUACUGUCGAUAUGAUCGAAAUUCAAAGCAGUCUAGGCUACACAUAGAGUCUACCCUUCGUGAAAGAAUAUGAAUAUGGCACCAUGGAUUAUCCUAAUGACUCUGGUGACUUUGUCUACCAUUUGUCUACCAACGACUGAGGGGAAAAAAGAUGAGAUUGUGUACUGUUCUGCAUGUAGAGCUAUAGUGGAUGAGCUGAACUUUUCCAUCAGUCAAGUUGACCCAAAGAAGACCAUUCAUGUUGGAAGCUUCAGACUAAACCCUGAUGGCAGCAUGGUUGAUAAAAAGGUUCCUUUGGCUAGGUCUGAGACUCACCUCAGUGAUCUUUUGGAGGGGGUUUGCAGCAGCAUGAGUGACUAUGCACUCUAUGAAGACCCAGACACCCAGGAGAAACAAUACAGGAGGUUCGCUCCCAGAGACGGGAAUAAUGUGGAUUUCCCUAAUUUCAACAACUUCAAGUUUGAUGGGCCUGAGGGUUCCACUGCCCUGAAAUUUGCUUGUGAGACCAUCGUUGAGGAGUUGGAGGAUGAUAUCAUCACUCUCUUCUCUCAGAACUCAGACCAUGUGGUUGACAAGUUAUGCAACAAGAUUUCAGAUCAUUGUAAAGACCCCAAACUCAAGAAUGAGGAGCUUUAGUUACAGGAAACAUUGUUUACAAAGAUGGAACCACUUUAGAUUUUUACUUUUACAGAGGCCUUGCAUAACAAUCUGUGACAAUCAACUUGAACCCUUUAAAAUAAAGUUUCCUUUUUUGUAUUGGCAGUUGGCUGCUGUUAUAAAAGCCACCUUGAAGGAAAUGAAGGAAACAAUAAUGUGCGAUGUAAGAAGUUCUGUAAUAUUCUGUAAUACAUGUACAUUAUUAUCACUUCCAUUUGAACAGUUGACUCAAAUUAAAAGAAAAGAUUCAAAUUUC